CGGUAGUCUAUACACUUCCAAAAAUCAAAUUCAAAACAAACACCAGCACGUGUUGAAUGAAAGCUGGAUGUUGAACUUGUGAAGAAUCCUGGUGAAAAUUUGGCAAGACAAAUAAAUGAACAUGUCCGAGGAAACUGAAGAAAAACAAUGUAAUUUUCAUGAAAUGGAGUUAGAUGACCGAAUACUCAAGGCUAUAGCAAAACUGGGAUGGCAAACUCCUACCUUAAUUCAAGAAAAAGCCAUACCUCUUCUUCUAGAAGGUAAAGAUGUGCUAGUUAGAGCUCGGACAGGUUCAGGAAAAACAGCAGCAUUCGCCAUCCCUGUGAUUCAGAAAAUAUUGAAUUUCAAGCAAACUGCCUCUCAACAAGAGAUAAAGGCACUGAUUUUAGCCCCAAGCAAAGAACUGUGCCAUCAGAUAUGUGGUGUUAUUAAAGACCUCACUAUCAAAUGUUCCAGGGAGGUUAGGUACAUUGAUGUAUCUCCUCAAGUGGAUUUGAGUGUGCAAAAACCAUUGUUGGUUGAAAAACCUGAUAUUGUUGUUGGUACUCCUGCCAGGGCACUUCAACAUGUCAAAGCAGGAAAUUUAAAUUUGAAAAAGUCAUUGGAGUUGCUUGUUAUAGAUGAAGCUGACCUAGUGUUCUCUUUUGGUUAUGAGGAUGAAAUGAAAGAACUCAUGAGGAAUCUUCCCAAAAUAUAUCAAGCCAUUUUGGCAUCUGCUACCCUGAGUGAAGAUGUGAAAAAUCUGAAAAAUCUUGUCCUUCACAAUCCUGUCACUUUGAAGCUGGAGGAACCUGAAUUGGCUCCAGCCAGUCAGUUGACACAUUAUCAUUUAAAUGCAGAAGAAAUGGACAAAGCCACCAUUUUGUAUGCCUUACUGAAGCUCCAUUUGAUUAGAGGGAAGACCAUAAUUUUUGUAAAUACUGUGGAUAAGUGCUACAAGUUGAAACUCUAUCUGGAGCAGUUCGCCAUUCCCACCUGCGUCCUCAACUCCGAGCUUCCUGCCACGAUCCGCUGCCACUCGGUCGACCAGUUCAACCAGGGCGUCUAUGACGUCAUCGUGGCCUCCGACGAGAAGGCCUUGGAAGCGCCCACGGACAGCGAUGCGGCGCGCGACGUCAAGAAGUCCAAGAGAAGGAAGGACAAGGAGAGCGGCGUGUCGCGAGGCAUCGACUUCCGGUGCGUCGCCAACGUGAUCAAUUUCGAUUUCCCGCUGGACGUGAACGCGUACGUGCAUCGGGCCGGUCGGACAGCGAGAGGGAAUAACCAGGGUAGUGUAUUAUCAUUUGUCAGCAUGAAAGAGAAGAUUUUAUUGGACAAAGUGGAGACAAAAAUUAGAUAUGGUCAAGAAGAUGUUUCGGUUUUCAAAUCGUAUCAAUUCAAAUUAGAAGAAUUGGAAUCCUUCAGAUACAGGGCCAAGGAUGCAUGGAGGGCAGUCACAAGAAUAGCAGUGAGAGAAGCUAGAUUGAAGGAAAUCAAACAGGAGAUAUUCAAUUGCCAAAAACUCAAGAGCUAUUUCGAAGACAAUCCUACCGACUUGCAAGUCCUCAGGCACGACAAGGCGCUGCACACCGUCAGGAUACAGCGCCAUCUGGCGGACGUGCCGGAAUAUAUCGUGCCGGCGACGUUGAAGAGCCUGGCGGGCAUCACGAAGACCAGGAAAAGGAGGAGGGAGUUUCGAGGCUCGGAGAGUUCCAAUUCCAAAUUCCAAGUGAAGAAGAGCAAUCCUUUAUUGAGUAUGCAGUUCGAGGGAUUUGGAAAGAAGAAGAAAAAAAGCAGUUGAAAGUAAUAAUGUAAUGUACAAAUAUAA